UAAUACAUUAAUACCAUGAACCAUAUUUACUAUUUAGCGUCUUUACUUUGCGUCUUGUAACUUGUUGGUUGUUAUUACUUGUUAUAAAAUUGUCACAUUUUUUAGAUUUUGAAUUUUCUAAAACAAAAAAUGUUAAUUUAAUUUGUAAAUAGGUACAUCAAUAUACAUUUAAAGAAAUUAUUUUUUUUGUAAUUGAUUAAUUUUUUAUCUUAAUUUAUUUCUUAUAAACUAUUUGUAUUUUAGUUAAAAUGACUAAUAUUAGUAUUAAAUGUCAAAAAUGUCGAUUUGAAUUAGCAUCAAGUGAUAGUUCUUCUAUACUUGAUUGUCAUGAAAAGCAAAUUCAAAAUACAGCUAGAGUCACAUACAGUUGCAAUGAUAACGUAAUGGAAAAUAAUUGGUACAUAUCAUCUACUACUUUACCUGAAUGGAUAAAUUCGUCAAUUGAAGAAGAUGAUUGGCAAAAAGGUAAAUUGACUUGUCCAAAUUGCAAUUUAAGAGUUGGUUCUUUUGACUUUGUUGGCGGUAUGAAAUGCCCAUGUAAGAAAUAUGUAUUACCUCAAAUCCAUUUAGUUAAAAGUAAAACAGAUAUUUACUUUCGAUAAAAAUUAUGUACUCAUAUUCUAUUAAUGUUAUGUAUGAUUUAUUGAUUUUUGUUAAUAAAUAAAGAGUGUAAUCUUAUUCCAAUAUA